GAAUACAGUUAUUGUCAUAGCUUUGGUGAUGAGACAUAAUGCUUUCUUUUCGCAGGAAGCAACGGCGAGGAUGAAGACGCCAUUUGCAACCACCGAAGGGCUCACAUCUACUUUGAAGAGUCCAUCCGCCACCCAGAGUGCCCGUACACCGGGUUCGCUUGUCCCGGUGGUUACGACGACUUCACUGCUGGCAAAUGCUUCUCUUGCGGCGAUGGAACCAAGUGCGGACACAUGGGUGAUGCUGCCAUCGACUCCUCUGCACGAGGCUCCCUGUUCCUCAGCACCAGCCCAACCCCUCAAUACUGCGGUACACAGAAUUACAUCGAGUACAGGUCCGCUGGAGGUCUUGACAACCUCGUGACAUUCGGAUCUAUCCAAGUCGAAGCUAUGGGUCAACGCAUCACAGUUGUCGAACAAGGUUCCAUGAUGAUCGCUGCUCAGACCAAUACCGUUUUUGAAACAACACCAUUCAAUAGCGAAGUCAACACCGACAAACUCCACGUGAAAAUCACAUACAACCGAUCCAGUGACGGUAUUAUCAACGGUGGUGGCACCUGGCGUAUGGAUCAUCUCAAAGUCUUCACUGAUUCUGGA